CCCUGGUAGAAGUCAGCAGCAGUAGUUACGCGACUCUUAAAUUAAAAUCAAUUACAAAUUGGAUAAAUAGUGUCGAAAAUGUUGCGAAUCAUUAAUUUAAGUCGACUGACCAAUUGCCUCCACUCCAGCCGAGCAGUCACACAUUGGAAUCAGCCUGCAGAAGCUCAACGAGGAUUCCAUGUCAACGCCGCGCGAUUGAAACGCCGGAAAACAGCAGAAGAGAAGAAAUCCCCCAGAAUUAUAGAGUACUCGCCGAAAAAGGCGCAAACAGCGGGUGGAGGUGCCUCCGAUGUCUGGCGACACAUGACCGUGGCCCAAUUGGCCAAGGAACUGGAAAGGCCACUGAACGACAUCCAGGAGGCCAUGUUGUAUGUCAAGGGUGCCGACAACAUUGAACCCGCUUUUAAGCUGGCUGACUUGAAAAUCAUCCAAGAAAUAGCCAAGAAACUGGGUGCCAAAACACGAGUGGUGGCCACCCCAGAAGUUCCCAGCGAAGAUGAUCAAAAGGAUCGCGAUGUGGCACCCCGACCACCCGCUCCUCCAGAGCUUCUGCAACCACGCCCGCCCGUGGUCACUGUAAUGGGUCAUGUGGAUCAUGGCAAGACCACGCUGCUGGAUUCCCUGAGGGGAGCUGAUGUGGCCGCCGGUGAAGCUGGUGGGAUUACCCAGCACAUAGGUGCCUUCACUGUCACAUUGGAGAACGGAGAAAGGGUUACCUUCCUGGACACACCCGGCCAUGCUGCCUUCAGUGCAAUGAGGGCACGCGGAGCUGUGGCCACGGACAUCAUUGUGCUGGUGGUGGCCGCCGAAGAUGGCGUUAUGGCGCAAACCCGCGAGGUCAUCCAGCUGGCCAAGGAAACGCAAGUGCCCAUCAUUGUAGCCCUCAAUAAGAUCGAUAAGCCCGAGGCUAAUAUUGAAAAAAGCAAACGAGAGCUGGCCCAAAUGGGACUUGCUCUCGAGGAGCACGGUGGCGAUGUCCAGGUGAUACCCAUCUCUGCCCUCAAGGGCACUAACCUGCAACUCCUGGCCGAGGCUGUCAGCACACAAGCCACUCUUAUGGGCCUCAAAUCAGAUCCCACUGGCCUGGUGGAGGGCAUAGUGGUGGAGUCCAAGACAGAUCCACGUCGCGGCAAGCUCUCCACGGCCAUCGUUUCGCGGGGCACUCUGCGUAAGGGUUCCGUGUUGCUAAGCGGACUGGCUCAUGCCAAAGUGCGUGGUCUCUUUGAUCACAAUGGUCAGCCCUUAAGUGAAGCUCCGCCGGGCACACCAGUGGAGAUUCUGGGCUGGCGGGAAUUGCCACUUGCUGGGGAUCUCAUUCUCGAGGUGGAAACAGAGAAAAAAGCCCAUGCCGUGCUGAAAUACCGCGAACACGAGGCACAGAAGGAGAAGAUCGAGUCCAGCAGCGACGAGAUCCGCAAGAAGGAGGAGGAGCAUCAGGCCAAGUACCGGGCGGAGCGUGAGGCCCGUCGACUGGCCGGUCGCUUUCGCAUGCGAGGUGGCCAGCGGAUCAAGCAGGUGGACGACAACGAGGGCAAGCCAAGGGUCAGUGUGAUCAUCAAGGGCGAUGUACAUGGCUCUGUGGAGGCCAUACUGGAUGUGCUGGAGACGUACAACAGCAACGAGAGCUGCCGCCUGGACAUUGUGCACUAUGGCGUGGGAAAUGUAACCGAAGGGGAUCUGGAGUUGGCCAAGGCCUUCGACGCCAUUAUCUAUGCCUUUGCCGUGGAGACACCUCAGCUGAAGGCCGCCAAAGAAGUGAAUAUACGGAGCUAUAACAUCAUCUAUCGGCUGAUUGACGACCUCAAGGAGCAGCUGAGCAGCAAAUUGCCCCCAGUGGAGGUGGAGGAGGUGCUGGGCGAGGCCAAUGUGCUGCAGAAUUUCCUCAUCAACGAGGGCCGCAAGGAGGUGCCCGUGGCCGGUUGUCGUUGUACCAAGGGAGUGCUCAAGAAGGCCCAGAAGUUCCGCCUGCUGCGGGAUGGCGAAGUAAUCUACAAUGGGGCCCUGGAGUCGAUGAGGCACCUGAAAAACGAGGUGGACACCAUUAAGAAGGAUGUGGAGUGCGGAUUACGCUUCAAAGACACUAAGGUGCUGCCACAAGCCGGCGACAUACUGCAGUGCUACACCACGAACAUGGAGGCCCAGCAAACGGACUGGGAUCCAGGUUUCUAGUUUCUCUACGAGCCACUAAAUACGCCCUGUUAUCGCCCAUUGUAAUCUUUAGUUUUCUAUUAUAUACUGUUUAUAUAAAACAA